AUGGUUAUGCUAUUUAAUGUUGAAAGAGAUGUAAAUAUCGAAAAUCUGAGAAAAGGUUCAGCUUGUCUAGUUUAUUCUAAUUAUGGAUGGCCUAUUUGGCGCAAAGCUUAUAUUGAACCUAUAAUUGGCCAUCGUCCAGAAUUUGAGUGUAAAUUAUCUGUUUAUCGUUUAGCCUGUCACAAUAUGGAAUUAAAUCCCUAUUCUCGUCUUAGUCAACAAUCUGUAGAAAUUAAAAUAUCGAGACAUUCAAAACCUUUUCAGGUUCAAUUAAAAUGGGCAGACAGAAUUCACAGAAAAUUUGUUGUUUGCCCAAGUCGUUUAUUUGCUUUUGAUCAAUGGCAUUUAUUUAUAACAGCAAUGGAAAUAUAUAGAGCACAUAAAGUAGAUUUAGUACAGAUAUAUAUUCAAAGUGUAGAUCCGCAAAUAUUUAAAUUAAUUAAAGUUUAUGAAAAAAAUGGAAUAUUACAAAUUAGACCUGCACUCGAGAUGCCAAUUAUCGAUUCAUUGGAUUUCAAUCCAAAUUCUGAAACUUCAUGGCAAAAUCAACUUGUUAAUUUCCAAGAUUGUCUUUAUGAAUACAGAGAAAGUGCAGAUUUCAUUGCUUUUCCUGAUUGGGACGAUUUUAUGUUUACCCGUAGUUAUUCAAUUCCCUAUAGUUCUGUACUUAAUAAAUUAGCUUAUAAACAUCCAAAAUAUGUUGGUUUUAUUGUUGAUAGAUAUUUAGGUGUUCAUGAAUCGCUCGAAGAAAUGACUAAAAAAGAGCAUAAUAUUGUUGAUUUUUGGCAUAUUGGAAUUCAAUAUAGUAAAAGACAUAAACAAUUUUAUUAUGGAAAAGCUAUUUAUAUACCAAAUAAUGGGUUAUUUGGUGUUGAUUUACAUUGGGCAAAUAGAGUUGAGGCUGAUGAUUAUCAACAAAUUAGAGUGCCAAUGGAGGAUAUGUAUAUAAUACAUGCUAGAGAUUAUUCUAAAUUCCCAAUGAAUGGCUAUAUUCAUAAUGUUGACUAUUUAGAAAAGAAUUUUAACAAAUUUGUAGAGGAAUAUAAUUUAACAGAAAUUCUUUCCAAUUUACCAAAAAAAGAAGAAUUAGUUCAACAAUUUAAUGAAUGUUUAGGUUUUGAUUCACAAAAUAUGAAAGAAAUAUUAAAAAAUAUAAAAAGUAAAUGUUGGAAUUAUCAUCAUUGUGGAAUUACAGAAGUUCGGAGUAAUUGUACAAAUGUUAAAAAUCAAUGGGAAAAAAUAUUUAUGUCUGGAGAUGAACUUAAUGUGUAUAUGUUAAUUAAUAGUGAAUUUUUAAAAGAAAGUAUUUGUAGUUAUUAA